AUGAUGACCAGAGGGACGAAGCGGCUUGCGGAGUCCGCCUCGUCAGCUCCCGAUUCCAAUGACUCCGCCGUACGUACCCCUCGCGCUUUUGUCUGCUCUUUUUUUGUUUUGUUUUCUUUCAUUGAUUCAGUACGCUCCUCUCCCCCUCUCUUUCUCUAUGUAGUGCAGUAGUUUCCCAACCUCGCGUAGAUGGAUGGUUCCUAAUGAGUAGCAGUGGCGAACCUACCUUUCAUCUUUUUUUUUUUAGUAGAGAAUCCUAAGUACUUGGAGGGUUAUUCCGGGAUGACUGUCGUGUGGAAUUAUUGCGUAAGGGUUCGAAGAAUGAGCGAUAAAUGGUUCAACCCAAGAAUACCGCUUAUGUGGUCGGCUUUGUGCUAAUAGGGAUAAGCAACGGUCACUGGUGAAGGGAGAUGUGCUCAAUAUUACGUCUAUUAAGUUGUCGAAUCCACUGUCAAAUUAGCGAUCAUCCGGGCUUUGUGAUUUCUACCCACUAUGUCAACUUUACUUGCAUCUGAAUCACGAUUUAACCACAUCCCCAAGCUCCUCUGCUCAAAUAUUCAAACUUUCUUUCGACUUAUUUUUUAGUUGCUCAUUUUCAUCUUAUUCAUUGGAUAUAAUGAACCGGGAAUCUGGGAUGGGAGCCCCUUAAACGAUUUAUUGGAUUCAUUAUCUGUUAUUUGACUUUGGCUACGGUCUAGAGUCAUUUCUGUUUUAUCAGGCUGUUGACAAAUUUUCUUGUUCUUUUUAUUAUUUAGUGGCUGACAUUUCAAGUGAAUAUAAGACCUUUCUCCCACUCUAUUUCUAUAAUGAUGCAGUUGCAAAGUAAAAGAGUAAUGGCAGCACCCAAUUUUGAUGUUCACAGGGCUGAGUCGCCUAAUAAUCACACGGUGGAAGCACCACAAUUAGAUGCCCAGCGUGCUCAGUCAUGCCAUCUUCAUGUGAGAGCUCUCAACACUCAAUAUGCAAGGUAUUAUUCCCUUGCCCUGGUCGUUAUCAUUUCUUCGAUAUAUAUUUUUUACAUGUCAUUUCUCAUGCUUACUCAUGUUUAUUGGUCCUCAUCGUCCAUGCCCGUGUACUAGCAAGUUGCUGUAUGUUUUUUAUCUGCCAGUAUUCGCCUAUUUUUUUUCACAGUUCAUUUUCUAUGAUUUAUAUAUAACUUUUUUUUAACUGUUUUUCUGUUAAUUUUUAACUGCUUUUGAAUUUUCUGUGAUACUCCACAAUAAGAAUGAUUUCAUAAUUGCUUCUAAGAUGCUUAAAAAACAUUAGGGAUGUACAUUUUCAAUAAGUUUUAUGGUAAUCUCUAUUGUUAAUCAUUAAUGGACGUCAUCUUGCAUCUGCAAUUUGCUUCACUGGAUGCUUAUCAGAGAAAUAAAAUUUCUUAUUCGCAAUUUGGAAGUCUCCAUCCCUUGAUUGGUUUCACAUUUCCAGUUUGGCAUCCUUUGCUUGUGUUCUUACAAAUUUUGGAAACGAUGUGCUCUAUUGUUUUGAAUAUUUAAAAAUGCAGUACUGUGAUUGCACGCUUGCUUUGUGCAAUUCUUUUUGGGGCAAUAAAGUGGCUUGAAAUAUAUGAUUUUUUUAUUUAAUGCAAAUUUUCUCCUUUUGAAAUAGUCUAGCUUCAUUAUUAAAUUAUGUUGUAUAUUCGGCAGUUGGGUGCAGUCGCAGUUGAAAAAUCAUCCUGAUGAGCUUUGGCAAGAUGGUGCUCAGGAUUAUAUUAAUCAUGCUUCUCACAUCAUGGUAACUUGUUGUUUAUACUAUCUAUUCAAUUGAUAAGCGACAAAAAAAAACUCACCAUUUUAAUGAGUUUUAUUUGUAAUUAUGCCAGCCUUGGAUUAUCAUGUGCAUAAUAACUAUGAUUAACAGGUUCAUUGAAUUUCUAAAAAUCAUUGAAGUUUACUUAUAAAUCAUUGAGGUUUAAACAAAAUUUUUCACAAGGUUAUAGAUUCAGGAUGUGCAUAGAUUAGUUUCUAUUCACCUUGGUGGGAUAUACGGAUUGGAGUAUCAUUUGUGUUGUGAUAAAAAAAAAACGGGUUGGUAGUUCCCAUUCUUAUUGCAAUGUAUUUUUGUUAGAGAUAAAUGUAUGGUUAUGGAAAUGCUAUUUAAUUUAGGUGAUGGUGUGUAGCAGUACGGACAAGGUGAAUGAUAGACACGUAAAAUCACUUAUUUGCCCUCUUCUUAUUCCAUUCCAUUCCAUUCCAUUCCCCAUGCUGGAAAAGAGUACUCUCUCUGCCAGAGUAGGAGAUUUGCUGUAGGCUUGCAUCUGCAUUGGUGAUUUGGCAGGAGAUCCUUCAGAUAUUUGAUCAAUUCAAGGCUUCUGUAUUUUUUUGGGAGUUGUACAACAAUCUUGGAGGGAAUAAAGCAAGAAACAGUUGCUCAUUCAAGUGACCAAGCAAAUGUCCAUUGCGCACUCCAGCGGAGAUAUUGCAUGGCUCCAUCAGUGACUUUCUGAUCCAAGGUUUCAUUUGAAGUCCCUUAUGCCUUUUUUCCCCCUUAAUUGGAAGGGCACCACUCAGAUGUCCAUUGCUUGGCUCCACUCUUUUCUGGCCAAUCUUUCAUCAACUAUUUUGGGUACACUUGUCAUAUCAAAAGAGCUCCAUAGUACUUCAUACACUUGACUCAAUCUAUCAUAUGCUAGAUAAUUGACCAUUGGACAUCUCGGUCUGUUUCUGCAAUUCCUUACUCUUUUACACAUGGCAAUAGGCCAUCUUAUUUGAUCAUCUUCAGCUAGGCCUACAUCUGGCUGUUCCUCUUCAUUUUGCCCUAGAUCAUCUUCUUCCAAUUGAAUUAGUUCAGUUACAUUCUCCACCCUCUCUUCCUCAAUUGUGAUUGCUGUGUUAGGUGACUUUGUCUGGACUUGUCUCCUAAGUUUUUGUGUCACUUGAGGACAAGGGUCUUUAGAGCUUGUAACUAAAGGAUUAUAUGAUCCUUGAAUAUUAGGCUCUUUGGUCUUCUUAUAAAACAUCUCAUAUUCAUUGAAUGUAACAUAUGCAGGGAUAUAAUAUCUUUUGGAGGAUGGGCAAUAACAAUUAUAGUCCUUUUGAGUGGAAGAGUAUCUCACAAAUAUGCACUUACGUGCUUUGGGGUGCAACUUACUCAACUUAGUAUUAGCAAUAUGAACACAUGCCACACAACCAAAUACCUUGGGAGCUAGGUUUGUUUGUAACUUCACAUUUGGAUAAGCUUUAGACAAUAAGUCAAUUGGACUCUGAUGUCCAAUUGAUCUUGUUGGUAUGUGAUUUACAAGGAGUGUAGCUGUCAAUGCAACCUCUCCCCAAUAUUGUCUAGGUACAUUUCUUUGGAACAGUAAUGUUUUGGCUGUCUCCACAAUUUGGCUAAUCUUUCUUUCAGUUAGACCAUUAUGUUGUGGAGUAACAAUGCAUGAUGAUUCAUGAAUUAUGCCUCUUUGAGCAAAAUAAGGAGAGACUAUAGUAUUGAAAUACUCUUUGGCAUUGUCUAGUUUGAAUCGCUUUAUUGUUGUCCCAAACUGAUUAUCUAUCAUGUUGAAAAAAUGUGGAAUAAUUUGAACAACUUCAGCUUUGGACUUAAAAAGAUAAAGACAUAUAAAUCGCGUACAUCCAUCAACAAACAACAUAGACCAUUUGCCACUAGAUAUACUUGAUAUCUGACAUGGCCCCAUAUAUCAUUGUGAAUCUGAUAUAGUGGUACUAAACGUUUUUCAUUCUUAAAAUAAAAUGUAGAUUGUUUGUGUUUGAUCAGUUGAUAAGCCUCACACAUCAAUGUUUUGACAUCAACCUUAUUACAAAUGGUAGGUAACCAAUGUUUCAUCAAUUUAAAAGAAGGAUGUCCAACACGACUAUGUUGAAGCAUGAUUUGACUCCUGACAUCUCCAAGAAGACUAACAUGUCCUUGAUCUUCUAGGUAGAGGAGGCCAUCUCGACACCUAACAUGUCCAGUCCUCCGCCUCAACGCCUUAUCAAACAGAAAACACACAUCAUCUUACACAAACUUUUGUAAGGAUUUAAGAUGUGCCUCAAGUCCAGGCACAUGAAGGACAUCUUUAAGUAUACCUAUCCCAUUAAUUUUGAUGCUACUAGUAACUGAUAAGAUCCCUCCUCUAGCUGUAAAGACCUUAUAUGGCCUAUUUAUCUUUGAAUAAGUGACAAAUCUUGACAUAUUUGGUGUCAUGUGAUGUGGCACUAGUAUCAAUAAUCAAUGUAUUAUACUAGGUUCUAAGAUAAUAGUAUUACUAAAAAAUACUUUGUUUUCACCUGAACAUACCAAUUAGGUAGAGCUCAACAUACUUUUGAGUUGUUCUAGUUCUUCUCUUAUCUUUAUAAGGUCUUCCCCAUGUUCAUGAGCAGCCUCUCCUAUUUGUUCCUUCAAUUGCUUUUGUUCUCCACCUUCAUGACUCUGAGAAGCAGCAACAUAUACCUUUCAAUUUUUUUGGGGCUUACCAUACAACUUUCAGCAGGUUUCUUUGGUAUGCCUUUUGUGCUUACAGAAAGAACACCAGAGAUUAUCUUUAAAGUCAUUUGAGAUCCUUUGUCCUUGAUCAAUUGAAUUCUUCUGAUAUGGCUUGAUGGAUAUGAGAAUAGGUACAAUCGACUCUCUUCCUCCAUAACAAUGCCGAUGGCUUCAUCUAAAUCAGGUGCCCUCUCCCUAUGUAGGAUAUGACUCCGAAAACUCUCAUACUCUAUGUAUUUUCUUUCUUUGGAGUGAGGAUUCUUUAUAGGUCAAUAAUGAUCGAUCUCACGCCAUAUAGCCUUUAGUUUACAUGAUAACUCUACGACUGUCUUCUCUCCUUGUACUACCUUCACUACUUUAGCAUUCAGCCCAUAAAUCUUCUAAUCAUUCUGCUGCUUUGAUCAAUUCUUGUGGACUUGAUUCCACAAUUCUUUAAUGGUAGUCAUAUAAAGAAAGUUGUUGCACAUUUUUGCUGACGUGGUUCCAAAUAGCCAUAAAUGAAUAAAGGCUUCUUCGGAUUUUCCAUAUUUUGUAAUUCGAAUCAUUCAUCUCAACAUGAUCAUCUGUAGAUGCUUUGACAAACCUCUCCCUAUGAGGGUUAACUCCACAAAUUUCUCCCAUUGGUACAUAUUAGUACCAUUAAAUCUCAAGCACUCAUGCAUACUUGGCAGUGCAUACAUUGUCUUGUCUCGGCCACCAACAAUUGUUGUCAUGACCGAGUUGGAUGCAGAAGCUUCUUGCCCCAUUGACAUCUCCUAUUUCUUGAUUCUUGAAAUCAAGACUGGCUCUCAACUGACCUCCCCAAAGGUUGCUUCCUUUAGAAUGGAAGGCAUGUCCUUGGUCUUGAUCACAAAGUCAACUCCGAUCUUUGUCCUUGCGAUGCUUCAAGCCUUGACCGGCUCUGAUACCAUGUUAAACCAAGAUCUCAAUCUCUUUCUUGAUCUUCUUGAUCAGGUUUUCACCCUCCCCUCCCACUGGUGCCGCCCAGGAAUCCCUUUUGAGUAGAUUCCCAAAAAAGUCUUAUUUCAAUUAACCUCUACACCAGUUUAAAUACCGGUUACAUCUUUAGUGGGCCAAACCCUCUUAUUUUGAAGAACCCAUUAAGUAGUCCAUAACUGACUUACUUAAGGGCCCAAAUAGAAGAGAGACACUACAUAAGAGAAAAACAAUAACAAAGGAUCUUAGCUUGCUUGACAGUUUGUAUGCAUGUCCUUGGUGGUUAGGCAGUGUUUAUGGUAUAAUACUGGUUUUUUGUUGUCAAGAAAGGUAUGCUAAUGGACUCAAAAAGAGUGAUGCAUACAAAACAUAAUACACCUAGAAAUAAAUCUUUCCCUUCAAAGGGAGGGUCACGGUUCUAACCAAGCAUACUUCCAUCCUUGGUCGUUGUCCUUUUUAGCCUGGUGCUUUUUUAAUUCUUGGUUCUAUGAGAAAGUAUCUCUUAGACAUGCUUCGACUGCUGGUAAUCUUUAUUGUGAGGAAUCCUACUGUCACUUUCAGUUACUUUUUGUUUAUUCUGAAUCUCCAGCUAAUUCAAACAAUCAUUUUUAAUUCUUGGUUGGCUGGUUUGUGGAUUACUGCAGUUUUUAAUUUCUUCAAGUUCUUAACUUUUCAGGAAAAAUUUAGUGAUGUAGUGGCGUGGCUUAGAGCUAAUGCUUCAAAAGCAGAAGGGGUUUCAAUUACUUCUCUAUCUCACAAUCAAAAGAAGUUGGUGGAUGGAGUCGAGAGUAGCAUAUCUAAAUCUCGUCCUGAGAUUAAUAUUGUGUCUACUCCAGUUGCUUCAGUGUCCUCCACUCCAAGUUUGUUUAGUUUGAUUCAAACAUCAGACAAUCAAAAACAAUUAUUUCCAGGUAGCAGUCUUUCUUUGACACCGUUAUUGAGUGGCAUGGCUGACUAGAAUUUUCUUUUAGAGUACGUAAGGUUGAAACUUGCGGGUAUUUUAGUUGCAAAAUGCACUGUAUGCUCAUUUUUUCAAAAGACUAACAGGGAUUUAUCAAUGUUUUAUGACGAAGUGAUACAAAGAUUAAUAUAGAAGAGCAAGUAAACAUAUAUUCUUUGGGGUUACAAAUUUCUCCUUGGCUGCAUCAAAUAUUUAUUUCUAAAUUAAAUAACUUUACUUUAACUCCCAACAGAGGGCAUAUUUUCUACUUGUCUUUGGGAUGCCUUGUUGGCGUGAUGUUAAGACUGUUUAUGAUUGAUUGGAACUUUAUUUUUAAGGUUAUUGCCCAGGUGGCAAGGCAGACUAGAUGUUCCAGGCAUCUGGGCUGCCUUGGUGAACAGCACAAAUACAUCCUAGCUUUCAUGAUCUAAAUACUAUUGCAACUCACUGCAAAAUUCUGAUGUCACAUUCAUUAAUGGCCUUUUGUAGCAUAACGAGUAGUUAUUAAUUUUUGUGAUGUUGGUAUUUUAUAAAAAAUAUGCAUACUUUCUUUCAUCCUUUGUAAUUUAAUUAUACACCUUUUAAAAAUACAUAUCUUAGCCUAUGUGAUUCGACUAUUUUAUAUUAUUUUUCUUAUUCAAAUAUUUUUUUAUAUGAUGUUUUAUCUAUAUUUGUUUGCAACAUAUUUGAAUUUGCAUCACCUAGCACCUUGCCUUGACACUGAACCAUAAAGGGAGUCGUUCACCUUGGUCACCUUGGUUUUCUCUUGGAUUCAUUAUUUUCCGAUUGGUUACUUUACCUCAUAUUUUUUUCUAUCAUAUUUCUCAGUGAAGUGAAGGAAUUUAUUCCUUAACUUCAUUAAGUUAGAUGGUGGAAACUGUGAUGCUGAACCAUGAACGCUGACGUACUGGUUAAAAAUUCACAUGCAUCAUGUGAUGCACCAAUGCUGUCCCAUUACAGUGCCCGAAUUGGUUUCCUUAAAUUUCUUCGUAUUUUGUAUUCAAUUCGUCAGCAGACAAAUAACCUUUCUGAAAUCUGCAUUCGAUUCCUGGAUAAAGCUGGGUUAGAUUUUAUUUUUUUUGAAAUGAAAGCCAAAAUGUUGUCAUCUUUUUUAGGCUUGCUUAUGAGAAUCAGAGAAAGUUUCUCAAGCAGUGUUCGGCUGAUGAUACACAAGUUUCCAGGUUUUUAUGUAGAUAGCAGAAUCUUUAAUGACUAGAAUAAAUUCAAGGUAAGAGCGGGGACCAGUGGCUCUAACAAUGUACAAAUGAAGUAUAACUGGCAUCUUGCUGCGGAAAUAGCAACAGCAUGCCAUUGGGCACCAGUUUCCUUCUUAGCCUUAUUAUCAUCAUUCUCCUGACUCUCUAUGGUUCCUUUCAGCACAAGUUGAGGAAAACCUCGUGCAAUUUGGUAAUGAAUGAGUCAUGGUGCUCAUCUUCCUUUUGUGCAUAAGAUAAUUAGAAAUUUCCUUUAACAUUCACUAAAAAACUAAGUUGCUACUGCUGAUGAUAUGCAUGCUUAAGCCAUCAUUCAGUUGACGAAGAUUUAAAAAUUAGAUUCCGGCAUCAGAUGCUUCCUGACUAAAUGCUAUUUACAAUUUCAUUUUGGAGUGGGAACCCACUAUGUUAAACAUGUGCUGCCAGUUCUAUCAAAUUUCGGGCGAAAGUAUAGUGAGGAGAAUCUGAAAAAGAAUAAAUUGGUAAUCAGCAUCCAAUAGCAGAACAACAUCACUUGAUGACUUUCAAAAGUUACCUUUUCUCAUUGUUUGUAGUGGUUACAGUCCCCAGAGCAGGGAAAGAGGAGAAUUGGUGUGCACCAGCUACCCCUGGCAUCCACCCUUCCAUAUCUAUGGCUGUGUGGCUUAAAAACAUAUUAACUCGACUCCUAUGGGUAAAUAACUUCCACACUAUUUUUCUUGUAGAGCAGUUAGUGGAAUUUAACUCAACAAACAUUUCGUUAUAUUCUUCAACUAUUUUUUAAUUUUAGACUUGAUGAACAUAUUGAUCCGUUUCGGUUCUGAUUCAGUUAAGCUCUGAACUGAUUGCCACCCAAGGUGUGUGAUCAGUCAUGGUUUUUUUUUCUGUUUUGAUGUAACCAUGCCCAUAAAACAUGGGAGUAACUGGCUUUAAAGAGUAAACCAUGAAUUUUUGGCGUAGACAACCCGGGUUGGUGCGUUUUAGGCUCCUGUGUUCAUGCUAAAUGUGCAAAGUUUAGAUGUUCGUGCCUUGGGUUACAUACGCAUGUAAGAGUUUUGUUUUGAAAGCUGCUCUAACUGAAUUUGUAUAUCUUCAUGGGAAAUGCUUGCUGUAAUGGAUAUAAAAAACAAAAAUGAAAGUAAAUGACGCAUAGCGUCAAAGUAUGAGUAAAAAGAUGAUGAUAGUCAACAAAGGUUGAUUUGUAAACCAAUCGAGCAAACUCUUACAUGCGUUCAGGAAUUAAUGGUUAUUACCCUGAAGAAAAAGAUAAGACAGGCAUUCGAAUCUCAAAUGUUCUCAAAUCAGUGGAAACAAAUCUAUGAAUUUGUCCAUUCACACUUAAUUUGCAAUUUGGUUGGGAUUGUAAUUUUUCCAUAGAUGGGAACGUUCUAUAGUUACCUUUGAACCAAAUAGUUUGUAUUUCAUAGAUGUCUGUUUCUUGGCCAGGUCCUCAAGGAGCUUUUGCAAAGCCUGAAGCUGCUGAAGAUCUAGAUGAGGGUGAGUGAAUUAUUGUUCCGAUUCUUUACAUAAUUGGUGAUUUAUAGUAUGUUUUGUUGUAUAUUAUUGAGUUCAUAAGCAUUCCUGAUGAAUGCCAUGUUCACUGUGGCCCUUGAAUUAUUCUGCCACCUCCAUUGUGGCAUGCUUUUACUCUCUUGAAUGCUUCGGCUGUUCAACGUAGCUGGUGAAUCACUAGAAAGAUAUCACGAGUAUCAUGAAGGUAGUUAUACCAUGGUCACGCCUACAGUGUGGAUGGUUGCCAAUGAAAGGUUGUGGAAAAUUGAUCACAGCAUGCUUUAUCACCUUAAUUAUUGCACCUUCUAUAUGGUCUGCUCCACUAGGAACUCACUGUGUUAACUUAGACCCUACUUAACGAAUAAGUCUUAACCCCCAAAUCCUUGAUCAUUGAAUCUUGUUUUCAACGAAAGAGUCAUACCUGGCAUGUUUUACCGGUCUCCGAUAAUACAAGUCGGCAAAAUAAUCUCAAGACUGCCAAAGACUUGUCGGUGCUUUGGUGUUCCAGUUGGAUUUAAAGACUGAAGAAUGAUAGAACAAAAACCCACGGAUCUCCAGUCAAACUGAGCAACUUAAUUCUAGUGGUCUCUCGCAGUAAAAAAAUGAUGUAAGUCUAGAUCUAUAGAAAGUACUUUGCAUUCUACGUCUCUUGUAGUGAAUUAAUGUAAUAUCAGAUCCCAAGAAAUAAUUUGUUCUCACCCUACAGAAGAGGUGGGUAAUGAUUGACUCGGAUCCCUUCCUUUUGAGUCCAAACUUGAUGAAUCGCGGACUUCACUUGGUUGACUGUCGUACAAUGCGGAAAACAAAUAGGAGAGUAGCUGUAGGGAGGGGUCCGGGACGGAUGGCUUAAUAGUAAUUGGGUUUUGGUCUGUAUCACUUCACGAAUCAAGUAGAGAAAACAAAACCAUCAUACAAAUGCUUCUUUAAUUCACGAUCCCAUUUUUAUGAAUACAGACCCACAUAUUUUGGUUAUAUGUAGAUUGAUUCCGCAAUCAAAGUGACUGAAUAUCACCUUUUUGGGAUCGAUUGAGUUACUGUUGAAAUAUUGUUACAUAUUCAGUAUGUCUAAUUCAUGAUUUUUUCCAAAAUAAUCUACAAUCUUAGAAUCUCGAAAUGAACGUGGAAUUUUUAAGAGAAUCUCGAAAAAAUGUGCUCUGAUUCGUGAUAGGUUGUUGGAAAUUCUUGUCUGUGCUUCUUUUUACGAGUCAUGACCUGCCAAGUGGUAAUCUCAACAGCUUGUGCUCCUAUUUGUGUGUCUCUUUCCCUUUUGUUUGAGGGAUGAGGACAAGCUUCACUGUCGAUGCUCAAGAGUAACCUAUGUUGUUCCCCUUUCGAAAGGACUUUGGCAUGUGGAAGGCGGAUACCAUUAUCAUCCCCGUUCAUGUGUUUUUCGCUCCUUAUCUCAAAUACUGGCCAACUUACGUGGGUGGGGGAUGUAGAAGACCCUGAACUGAAGUCCCAAAUAAUUUUUGGUACCCUUUAAAGUUUAAUUUUGAUUACUUAUGGAAAAAUUGUCUUUGACCUUCUACUUCGAUCAUCUACAUAAUUGAUUUUUUAAUGAAUUUAUAAGCUUAAAAAAACUUUCCAAACUUGAUCUGGACCAGCUGAUGUUCGACAGAUGUUUAUCAAAAAAUGACCAAUUUUGUUGCGAUGGGCUCAACCCAUCCUUUGAUCCAACCUCGAUUAUUGUUGCUGUUUGCUUAGUUAUGCAUUUUAUUUGCAUUCUCAUUUCCGAAUCGUGAGUUCACAAUUUCUUUUUUUUUACCCCAUUUUUGCGUACUUAAUUCAUGAAAUAAUCGUUAAAAGCUUUGAUCAAUCUAAUUUUAUGUCUAGUUUUAUAUUAUUUAAUGAUGGUUGGGCAGACAAUGAAGCGGAGAAACAGAGCAGCCCUUCUUUGAAGAGAACUGAGGAGAAGGGGAUCGUGGUCGUUCACGAAGUCAAAUGCAAGCUUUACGUUCAGGUAUCAUCUCAUCGCAGUGCUCUCUGUUCUUCACAAACCUCAGAACCAUCGAUCGGUGCCACCAAACCAUGAAAUCAGGGCCUGAAGAGUCCCACCCUUCCUCUCCUUCUACGCAUGGCGACCCACUUCAGAUCUCAAUUGUGCUGUCAAUUUACUUGUUUUUUUCGUUUGACGGGUCGGCCCACCAACUGCUGACCUUUUUGAUAAUAUCAUCAUUAUUAUCAUUAAUCAUGUUCUUCUCUUGAUUCAUCCAGCCAGAGAACCCUGCGGAGAAGGGAUGGAAAGACUUUGGAGUGGGCCAGCUCUCCAUCAGAUGCAAGGAGGGAGCUGGAAAAGCCACGAGAGAAUCAAAGCCCACCAUAUUAAUCCGCAAUGAUGUCAGACCUCUCUCUCUCUCUCUCUCUAGAGCAGGUGGAUGGAUAUGCCCAUUUUUAAGCUCGGUUCUGAUGAUUUCAUGGCUGCAGGUGGGGAAGAUUUUGCUCAACGCGCUGAUAUAUCCAGGAAUCAAGACCAGCGUGCAGAAGAACACCAUCACCGCCGUGUUCCACACUGUAGUAAGCUCUCUCAGCACCCCUUUCUCUCUGGGCCUGCUACCCUCUUCGCCCUUGAUAAUCCUUGGCAUUUAUUUGAUGGCAUAGAGUGGUUAGUUUGUUGGAAAUGCCCGCCCAUUUUGAUUUUCCUCACCGUUGGCCUCAGGGAGGGGGAGAGGCAGCCGUCGCCAGGACUUAUCUGCUGAGGACGAAGACCGGGGAGGAGACCGCCAAGCUGGCAGCGGCCAUUAAAGAGUACGCCCCAGAGCAGUAG